AUGGAAGGCCCCAGUCGUGUGUAUCUCUUCGGAGAUCAGACUGCCGACUUCGACUCGGGCCUCCGCCGUCUGUUGCAUGCCAAAAAUGACUCUUUGUUGGUGGCAUUCUUCCAAAAGUGUUACUAUGCCUUGCGUAAAGAAAUUACUUCGCUUCCACCCUCCGAGCGGCAGAUAUUUCCCCGGUUUACAAGCAUUGUUGAUCUCCUCGCGAGAUACCGAGAGUCAGGGGCAAAUCCAGCCCUCGAAAGCGCCUUGACAGCCAUUUACCAGCUGGGAAGCUUUAUCCACUACUAUGGCGAUUUGGGCCAUGUCUACCCGUCCGGCGAUGAGAGCUGCAUCAUUGGUCUUUGCACUGGCCAACUCACGUCCGCGGCUGUGAGUUGUGCAAAGACCGUUGGAGAGCUCAUCCCCGCUGGUGUUGAGACAGUUGUGAUUGCUCUCAGGCUUGGCAUGUGCGUCACAAAAGUACAGGAGCUUGUAGAAUGCAGCAAACCGGCGGCAUCAAGCUGGUCUGUGUUGGUUUCUGGCAUGCGUGAUCCGGAGGCUCAGGAGUUGAUUCAAAGAUACGCGCACAAAAAUCCUUAUAUCAGUGCAGUGAGCCCUAAUGGACUAACGAUCAGUGGUCCCCCAAGCUUUCUGGGCCGUUUCAUUGAGACAAGUCUUUCAAAAGAGCACAAGCCCAUGAGAGUUCAAAUCCACGGUCCCUACCAUGCCUCACAUCUGUAUGAUGACCGGGAUAUUGAUCGCAUUAUGGAGACUUGGCCUGCGGAGCAAUUCAUGGGUUAUGUGCCUCAGAUUCCUGUCUUUUCAAGCGAGACCGGUUCGAUCUUCGAGGUGGAGAGCCUUGAGCAGCUCUUGAGGAUUUCUCUCAAGGAGAUCCUGCAACGUCAGCUUUGCUGGGACAAGGUCGUUGAGUCAUGUCGGUUGACCUUGAACUCGGCCACACCAUGCACUCUCUUCCCUAUUGCGAGCACUGCAACACAGAGCCUUUUCAAUUCAUUGAAAAAGACUGGAUUCUCCAACCUUGAAAUUGACAACACAAUUGGAGACGUGAAAAAGGAAUCUGCUGGAGAUAACCAAAGUGGCCGUUCUGAACAGUCAAAGAUUGCAAUCAUUGGUCUUUCUGGAAGAUUCCCAGAAGCGCCUGACACCGAAGCAUUCUGGGAUCUUUUGAAAAAGGGAUUGGAUGUUCAUCGGGAGGUUCCACCAGAGCGUUGGGAUGUCAAGGCCCACGUUGACAAGGAAGGCAAGAUACGAAACACCAGCCAAGUUCAAUACGGAUGUUGGUACAAAGACGCCGGAAUGUUCGAUCCCCGAUUCUUCAACAUGUCUCCGCGUGAAGCACUUCAGGCAGACCCUGCUCAGCGUCUGGCGCUCCUUACUGCAUACGAAGCUUUCGAAAUGGCUGGAUUCAUCCCUGAUAGCACUCCUUCUACGCAGAAAAACCGCGUUGGCGUCUUCUAUGGAAUGACCAGCGAUGACUAUCGUGAGGUCAACAGUGGUCAGGAUAUUGACACCUACUUCAUCCCUGGUGGAAAUCGUGCCUUCACUCCCGGCCGCAUCAACUAUUACUUCAAGUUCAGCGGCCCCAGUGUCAGUGUUGAUACAGCUUGCUCCUCAAGUCUUGCAGCCAUUCAUGUGGCAUGUAACUCUCUGUGGAAGAACGAUUGUGAUUCUGCCAUUGCUGGUGGUGUUAACAUUCUGACGAACCCUGACAAUCAUGCUGGUCUUGACCGUGGACACUUCCUUUCGAGGACUGGAAACUGCACUACCUUUGACGAUGGUGCUGAUGGCUACUGCAGAGCGGAUGGAAUUGGCUCCAUUGUCCUGAAGAGACUCGAGGAUGCCCAGGCCGACAACGAUCCAAUUUACGGUAUCAUCGGAGGUGCCUACACCAACCAUUCAGCAGAGGCUGUCUCAAUCACUCGGCCUCAUGUCGGAGCCCAGUCAUUCAUUUUUGACAAACUCCUGAAUGAGUCAAACACGGAUCCUAAGGAGGUCAGCUAUAUUGAAAUGCACGGAACUGGUACACAGGCAGGCGAUGCCGUGGAGAUGCAGUCGGUUCUCGAUGUCUUCGCUCCUGACUACCGUCGUGGGCCAACUCAAUCCCUUCACCUCGGCUCAGCAAAAGCAAACAUUGGACACGGAGAAUCAGCAUCUGGUGUCACGGCUCUGAUCAAGGUCUUGAUGAUGAUGCGGAAGAACAUGAUCCCACCUCACAGUGGUAUCAAGACCAAGAUCAACCAUAACUUCCCAACAGACUUCCCUCAGCGCAAUGUUCACAUUGCUUCGCAGCCUACCCCCUGGAAUAGGCCCAAUGGUGGUCAGCGCAAGACAUUUGUCAACAACUUCUCGGCCGCUGGUGGCAACACUGCUCUGUUGGUUGAGGAUGGCCCACUCAACGAGGAGAAUGUGGCGGACUCCCGGUCUGCCCAUCCUGUGCUUGUCUCUGCCAGGUCCCAGUCUGCUCUCAAGAACAACAUCUCUGCUCUUGUGCAGUAUAUUGACACGAACAAGAAUCUUUUCAAUGUCAACCAGGCUAGCUUCCUUGCAAAUCUGUCCUAUACCACCACAGCGAGACGCAUCCAUCAUCCAUUCCGGGUGGCAGUCACUGGAUCAACAUUGGAUGAAGUUCGAAGUGCACUGGCUCCUAUUGUCAACCGCGAUAGCAUUAGCCCGGCCCCCGUCAAUGCACCUGGAAUUGGCUUUGUCUUUACUGGGCAAGGUGCUCAGUACACUGGCAUGGGACGCCAGCUAUAUGAGGACUGCUCUCAGUUCCGUGCUCAUAUUGAGCACUUGGACUGCAUUGGCCAGAGCCAGGGAUUCCCAUCUAUUGUGUCUCUGGUUGAUGGAAGCAUUCCGAUUGAGGAGCACAGUCCAGUUGCUACCCAGCUUGGGACAACUUGCGUGCAAAUGGCAUUGACCAAGUACUGGGGCUCUUUGGGUGUCACCCCUACCUUUGUACUUGGUCACAGCCUCGGAGAAUUUGCCGCGCUCAACGCAGCCGGUGUUUUGACAACCAGUGACACGAUCUACCUUGCCGGGCGACGGGCUCAGCUUCUUACCGAACAAUGCAAGGUUGGAACACACGCCAUGCUUGCUGUCAAGUCCUCAGUCGCACAGGUCAAGCAGUUCCUCGACGAUGCUACUGAGGUGGCUUGUAUCAAUGCUCCCAGCGAGACUGUUAUCAGCGGAUCAAGUGCCAAGAUUGACGAGCUUGCUCAAACACUUGCCAAUGAAGGCUUCAAGGCCACUAAGCUGAAAGUACCUUUCGCUUUCCACUCUGCGCAGGUUGAUCCUAUCCUUGAAGGUCUUGCCGAAAUUGCUCGAGGUGUUACUUUCAACAAGCCUUCAAUACCCUUUGUGUCUGCUCUUCUUGGAGAUGUUAUCAAGGAAGAAAACAGUGAGAUGCUUGGUCCCAACUAUUUGACUCGCCACUGCCGGGAGACUGUCAACUUCCUUGGUGCUCUUGAAGCUACCCGGCACUCUAAUCUGAUGAACGACAAGACUAUUUGGGUCGAAAUUGGAUCUCACGCUGUCUGUUCUGGAAUGGUCAAGUCAACCUUCGGUCCUCAGGCAACUACCGUGGCUUCUCUCCGUCGCCAAGAAGACUCCUGGAAGGUCCUCUCAACCAGUGUUUCUGCUCUGUAUCUGGCUGGAAUUGAGCUUCGCUGGAAGGAAUACCACCAGGACUUUACUGCCGGACAUAAGGUUCUUCCACUUCCCUCCUACAAGUGGGACCUCAAGAACUAUUGGAUUCCAUACACCAACAACUUCUGUCUGCUCAAGGGUGCACCUGCCACAGCAGUGGGUGAGAGUACACCAGUCUCUGUGUUCUUGUCAACAGCCGCUCAAAAGGUCUUGGAGACUAGCGGUGACAAUUCGACGGCAACUAUUGUCAUCGAGAAUGACAUUGCUGAUCCCGAACUGAACCGCGUCAUUGCCGGCCACAAGGUCAAUGGUGCCUGUCUUACUCCAUCGUCUUUGUACGCCGAUAUUGCACAGACCUUGGCCGAAUACCUCGUGCAGAACUACAAACCUGAAUGGAAGGACCGAGGCUUUGAUGUUUGCAACGUGGUAGUACCAAAGCCACUGAUUGCAAAGGGCGGCAAGCAACUCUUCCGGGUCUCAGCCACUGCCAACUGGGCCGACGAAAUUGCCCAUGUGCAGGUGUGGUCUGUGACCCCCGAAGGCAAAAAGAUCCUGGACCACGCUACCUGUGAGAUCAAGUUCUUUGAUCCGAGCACUUACGAGCUCGAGUGGAAGCGCAGCUCUUAUCUCAUCAAGCGAAGCAUCGAGCAUCUUCAAGAAAGCACGAUCACUGGCCAGGCUCACCGUAUGAAGCGCGGAAUGGUUUACAAGCUCUUUGCCUCUCUGGUUGACUAUGACGAGAACUACAAAUCCAUUCGGGAGGUCAUCCUUGACAGCGAAGAGCACGAAGCUACCGCUCUGGUCAAGUUUGAGGCUGCGCCUGGAAACUUCCAUCGCAACCCCUUCUGGAUUGAUAGCAUUGGCCACUUGUCAGGCUUCAUCAUGAACGCUAGCGAUAACACUGAUUCCAAGAACCAAGUGUUCGUGAACCAUGGAUGGGACUCGAUGCGUUGUUUGAAGAAGUUCGACCCGAGCGUCACCUAUCGGACCUACGUGAGAAUGCAGCCUUGGAAAGACGCUAUCUGGGCCGGUGAUGUCUAUUUGUUCGAGGGCGAUGAUAUCGUUGCUGUGUAUGGUGGUGUCAAGUUCCAAGCAUUGUCACGGAAGAUCCUCGACAUGGCUCUUCCCCCUGCUGGGGCCGCAGCUCCCAAGUCUGCCGCCAAGCGUGCUCCUGCUCCUAUUGAUGUUCAGAAGGCAAAGAAUGGCCCGGUCAAAAAGGCUUCCUCUUCACCAAAGUCUGCAGCUCCUACUCUGGCUAAGCGUGCUCUCACCAUUCUUGCCGAAGAGGUCGGACUUUCAGCAUCUGAGAUGACUGAUGAUCUCAACUUCGCUGAUUACGGGGUCGACUCCCUUCUCUCACUGACUGUCACUGGCCGAUAUCGUGAAGAUAUGGGACUUGAUCUGGAGUCCUCUGUCUUCGUGGAUCAACCAACUGUCAAAGAGUUUAAGUGUCUCCUUGCACAGAUGAGUCCUGCCGAAAGCAGCAAUGAUGAAUCCAGUAGCGAAGGAGAUACUUCAUCGGCCGCAUCUUCGACUGAUAUCUCAUCUCCCAACUCCAGUGGUCUACCCACUCCUGCGAAUGAGAAGUCCAUGACACAUGGUUCCCUGGAACAAAAUGAUACCAUGAAGCUCAUCACCUCAAUCUUGGCCGAAGAGAUUGGUGUGGAAUCCGAGGAACUCGACGGCGAUGCAAACCUCGGUGAGAUGGGUCUGGACUCUUUGAUGUCCCUCACCGUUCUAGGUAAGAUCCGUGAGGAGUUGGACCUUGACCUUCCAGGGGAGUUCUUCAUUGAGAACCAAACUCUCGAUGACAUUGAGGUCACCCUGGAUUUAAAGCCCAAAGCCGCCCCCGCAGAGCCGAUCAGACUGCCUCAGCAAAUGCCAGUUCAAGCCCCAGUGGUCGCCCCUAGGACUGCCAUUCAGCACCCACCAGCCACUUCCAUCCUACUGCAAGGCAACCCGAAGACGGCGACACAGAAGCUUUUCUUGUUCCCUGAUGGCUCAGGCUCUGCGACCUCUUACGCCUCUAUUCCUGGAAUCUCUCCGGAUGUUUGUGUCUACGGACUCAACUGUCCAUACAUGCGUACACCUGAGAACCUCAAGUUCAGCCUGGACGAGCUCACUGCUCCCUACGUUGCAGAGAUCCGGCGCCGCCAGCCUACUGGCCCUUAUAACUUUGGUGGCUGGUCCGCCGGUGGUAUCUGCGCCUACGACGCAGCGCGUCAACUAAUCUUCGAAGAAGGCGAGCGAGUUGAGCGCCUGCUCCUCCUAGACUCACCGUUCCCUAUCGGACUGGAGAAGCUGCCUCCUCGCCUGUACAGCUUCUUCGACACCAUCGGUCUGUUUGGCGAGGGUAAGGCACCCCCACCAAAAUGGCUGCUCCCUCACUUCCUGGCAUUCAUCGAUUCCUUGGAUGCUUACAAGGCAGUUCCAUUCCCCUACACAGACCCUAAUCUUGCUGAAAAGCUUCCCAAAACCUUCCUGGUCUGGGCCAAGGAUGGUGUCUGCUCCAAGCCCGGUGAUGCCCGUCCUGCGCCUGCAGCUGAUGGCAGCACCGACCCCCGUGAGAUGCUUUGGCUGUUGAACAACCGCACUGACCUCGGUCCGAAUGGUUGGGAUACCCUCGUUGGGCCCAAGCAUGUCGGCGGAAUCACGAUCAUGGAGGGUGCCAAUCACUUUACCAUGACUCGUGGCGAGAAGGCCAAGGAGUUGGCUGCAUUCAUUGCCAACUCUAUGGCUUCACAGUAA